AUGAGUAUGGAAGAUUAUGAUUUCCUGUUUAAAAUUGUUUUAAUUGGCAAUGCUGGUGUGGGGAAGACGUGCCUAGUCCGACGAUUCACUCAGGGUCUUUUCCCUCCAGGGCAAGGAGCCACGAUUGGAGUUGAUUUUAUGAUUAAGACAGUGGAGAUUAAUGGUGAAAAAGUAAAGCUUCAGAUCUGGGACACAGCAGGUCAAGAGAGAUUUCGGUCCAUUACCCAGAGUUACUACCGAAGCGCCAAUGCCUUGAUCCUCACCUAUGACAUAACCUGUGAGGAAUCCUUCCGUUGCCUUCCUGAGUGGCUGCGGGAGAUAGAACAAUAUGCUAGCAACAAGGUCAUCACUGUGCUAGUGGGCAAUAAGAUUGAUCUGGCUGAAAGGAGAGAGGUCUCCCAGCAGAGAGCUGAAGAAUUCUCAGAAGCUCAGGACAUGUAUUACCUGGAGACCUCGGCCAAGGAAUCAGAUAACGUGGAGAAACUAUUCCUUGACUUAGCGUGCCGCCUCAUCAGUGAAGCCAGGCAGAACACGCUUGUAAACAAUGUAUCCUCGCCCUUGCCUGGAGAAGGGAAAAGCAUCAGCUAUUUGACUUGUUGUAAUUUCAACUGA